AUGAGCACUGGAAGUGGGUCGCAGAGACACAUUAACCCUGACUAUGAUGGACGGGGCCGCGGCGGCGGUUGCAACGUGCUACCCAGGUGGGGCGAGGCGCGCUCCUCCGCGGCACUUCCCAAAGCCCCAGCAGAGCACUCUCCGGAUGGGUACGAGCCCGGACCGCCCGGACCGAGUGGAGCUGCAACAUCCCGCCUGCCAAGACACGCGGUCAUGUGCCAUGGCGGUUCGGGUAGCAGACCCAGACCCCUCCCCUUGCUUGUCGGCCAGAGGAACAUCAUGCGGCCAGACGGGCGCACGGGUCGGCCGUCACUCACGUCCUCCGCAUCCGCCUCCGAGCUCAUCACAACGAACGCAAAGCCCCUUGACUCCCCCGACAUGGGGUGA